UAAUUUAUCUCCUGGAUUUUCUCAGAUUUUGGUGUUAGUUCGCCUUUUUUUGAUCCGCCAAAAAUGGUGUCUGUGUCAGUGAAGGAUGUUGAUCAACACAAGUUCGUUCGAGCAGUUGCCGCGUUCUUGAAGAAGUCCGGUAAGCUGAAGGUCCCCGAUUGGGUCGACCUUGUCAAGACUGGAAUGUACAAGGAAUUGGCUCCUUAUGAUGAGGACUGGUAUUACACGCGCUGUGCCGCCUUGGUUCGUCAUGUCUACAUCAGGGCCCCACUUGGUGUUGGAGGUGUGCGAAGGAUCUUCGGUGGCAGGAAGCGCAAUGGAACCACACCAGCGCACUUCUGCGUUAGCUCUGGUUCCGUUGCUCGUCGGGCCUUGCAGAGUCUAGAACAGAUCAAGUGGAUCGAACGGGAUCAGACCAAUGGAGGCCGCAUUCUGUCGAACCAGGGUCGUCGCGACUUGAACCGCAUCGCCACCCAACUUAAGACCGCGAAAAAGGCAUGA